AUGCAGAACAAAUAUAUGGAGGAACAGUGCAUAAUUGUUGAUGAGCAGGAUAAACCACUGCGUCCCGGUACCAAACGAUUUUGUCAUUCCAGUGAAACAUCAAGGAAUGUGUUUCUUCAGAAUGAGGGCGAUAUCGGAGUUCGGCGUGCUGCCAAGAGAAAACUGAAUCAUGAAUUGGGCAUCGAAAGGGUUGAUAUCGAACAAAUGGAGGUGAUGGGUCGAUUUUUAUAUAAGUCUGUAAUGCAUAACAAUAAGUGGGGUGAACAUGAAAUUGAUCAUGCUCUUGUGAUUCGUGAUUUUGACGUUGAGCAACUCAGGCGAAAUCCAGAAGAAGUGGACGAAAUUGCGAUUUUGUUCGUUUUAGGUAAUGAAGUAUCAUUUUCGCCUUGGUUCCAGUUGUUCGUGCAGCACAAUAUCUUACAGAAAUGGUGGCAAAAUUUGGAUUGCUUGGAUAGUUUAAAGGAUUUCGACACCAUAAAGCGACUAAACUGA